UUGUGUUGUGCACUGGGACCAAUCAAAAAAACCUAUUGCGCAAAUGGCCAUCGAUUGUCAUCAUUGCACGUGUCAAAGUUCUUUUUGAUUCGAUUAUCAAAGAUGACUAAGGGUACUUCGUCAUUUGGUAAGAGACAUAAUAAGACGCACACUCUGUGCCGUCGCUGUGGACGAUCCUCAUAUCACAUUCAGAAGUCAGUAUGCUCCCAAUGUGGGUAUCCAGCUGCUAAGAUCCGUUCAUACAACUGGUCAGUCAAGGCUAAGCGCAGGAAGACUACAGGCACUGGACGCACUCGCUACUUGAAGAUUGUUCGCCGUCGUUUCCGUAAUGGUUUCCGUGAAGGACAAACUGCUAAGCCACGAAACAAGCAAUAAGCUUGACUCGGUUACAGAAAAACAUCUUUUAAACAUGAAUGAAUAAAUGAACCGACUACAAUCUGAAAGAUAAAAACACAA